GUGCUCAUCAUUUCGGUAAAAAUAUAUUGCAGAUUUUAUUCGUGAAUUUGAAAUGACAGCUUUGUCCAUCAUUCGGAACCACCGGGAACCAAGCGAGCCGUGAGCCCCUGAGGAGAAACUGAAAUGCCCAAAAAGAAAACUGGCGCCCGGAAAAAGGCUGAGAGUCGGAAAGAGCGAGAGAAACAGAUCCGAGCCAACCGGGAACAUGUCGAUGUGGCCAAACACCCGUGCAACGUCAACAUGGAGUGCGACAAAUGUCAGAGGAAACAGAAAAACAGAGCUUUCUGCUACUUCUGUAGCUCAGUUCAGAAGCUGCCUGUCUGUGCUCAAUGUGGUAAAACCAAGUGUAUGAAGUCAUCGGAUUGCGUCAUUAAGCAUCCAGGAAUCCAUAGCACAGGGAUGGCCAUGGUGGGGGCAGUGUGUGACUUCUGUGAAGCUUGGGUGUGCCACGGGAGAAAAUGUCUCAGCACUCAUGCCUGUGCCUGUCCCCUGACGGAUGCAGACUGCAUUGAGUGUGAUCGCAGUGUCUGGGAUCAUGGAGGGCGAAUUUUCCGUUGCUCCUUCUGUCAGAACUUCCUGUGUGAGGACGAUCAGUUUGAGCACCAGGCAAGCUGCCAAGUUCUCCAGGCAGAAACAUUCAAAUGUGUUUCCUGUAACAGACUGGGACAACAUUCCUGCCUACGCUGUAAGGCCUGUUACUGUGAUGACCACGCCAAGAGUAAAGUCUUCAAACAGGAGAAGGGAAAAGCUCCGCCGUGUCCCAAAUGUGGCCACGAGACGCAAGAGACCAAAGACCUCAGCAUGUCAACUCGCACGCUGAAGUUCGGACGGCAGGCCGACGCCGACGACGACUACUACGACGACGGGGCUUCAGGAUACGACGCCUACUGGAAGAAAGUAGCAUCCGGAGGAGGGGGAGAUCGACAGGAUGACUACGAAGAGGAGGAGGAGGACGACGAGGACGAAGACGAGGACGAUGACGAGGAAGACGAGGAGGAGGAAGAUGAAGAAGAUGAGGAAGAGGAUGCUGAAGCAGAAGUGGCCUCUGAUUCCGUUGGUCGUCUCAAACUGGACGGGGCUGCUGCCUAAACAGAGCGAGUCUGCAGAGAGCGGCGGGAGACGGUUUGUUACUAUUCAGGAAAACUCCUCAAGAAUUUAAAUGGUAUCUAAGUUAAUACCAGUGCUGCCAACAUUUACUCUGAGGAAUAUAGUUAUGUUUUCUACAAUACAAACACAAGGUGUUUUACUAAAAGAAUCAAAUUCAGUACUGAAAUAGCAGUUUAAAAGCAUGAAUUCACUGAUUAAAAUAAAAAAAGGAUUGUUUUUGUGA